AAAUAAACAGUACAUGUACUAUCAGUAGAUCGACGAAAAGGUUGGAGCAACAGUCGAGAGUCCUCUCAUGGCGAGCUUUGAUGGAACUAUGCCAUGUCUGAGAUCUUGGGUAUCUGCAGGAAACUUCUGGAGCCCUCUGUGGACUUGAACGAUUUCGAGACUGUUCGUAGGAACUACGGGUCAAGGGAUCGGGAAAUUCCAUUCGUUCCUAAAAUCAGCGUAGAAGAAUUUUUUGAGAGAUUUCUGUUACCGAACAAAGCAUGCCUGAUCGGAGAAAGUUUGACUAGUGACUGGCUGGCGAGGCGUGACUGGGUUGGAGAGGAUGGCAAGCCGAAUUGGCCACAUCUCAGGCAGAGAUACGGUGAGACCAAGGUACCGGUGGCUGACUGUGAGCAAGUCGAGUACGGCAGCCAUGUCAAAAUUGAAAUGACCCUGAAUGAGUACCUGGACUACUGGCAAGAUGACAUCAGAACUCGUUCCGAUGAUGUCGCCGGUAGUCGCAGACGUAUUCUCUAUCUGAAGGAUUGGCAUUUUGUAAGGGUUUUCAAGGAUUCUCCCAUUUAUCAUGUGGCCGCGCCAUUCCAGUCGGACUGGCUGAACGAGUACUGGGAUGCGUCUGGCACUGACGACUAUCGCUUUGUAUACAUGGGUCCAAAGGGAACAUGGACUCCGUUUCAUGCGGAUGUAUUCAGAUCUUAUAGUUGGUCCACCAAUAUAUGCGGCCGCAAACGGUGGCUUCUUUUCCCGCCGGGCGAGGAGGUGGCAUUUCGAGACCGAUUUGGUUCAUUCCCACUUGAUGUAACAUCAGACGAUGUGAAGAACAGUGGUCAGUUUCCGGCGUAUGAGCAGGCGACACAGCCGAUAGUUGUUAUUCAAGAAGCUGGACAAACAAUUUUUGUGCCCAGUGGCUGGCAUCAUCAAGUGGAGAACUUGGAGGAUACCGUUUCCAUCAAUCACAACUGGGGAAAUGCAUGUAAUGUUGUUUAUCUGUGGAAAGGCCUGAAGGAUGAUCUCCUGGAGGUUGAGAAAGCCAUCUCUGACUGUCGAGAUAUGGACGACUACCACACACACUGUCAGGUGCUUUUGCGUUCCCACAGCGGCCUCAACUAUCCAGGCUUUCUCAAGCUGAUCUUGACCGUCGGCAGUCAACGACUUGAUAAGAUGGAGAAAUUUCUCCAGCAGCUGGGCAGUGAGAGCAAUACUGCUGGAGAAGCAGACAGGGCUGCCUCGACACGUGUAAUGACAGAACAGCUAUGCUGUAGCAGUGAACGGCAGCUCAAGUUCACUGGAAACCACUGGAACCUCUUCGACUUGACCUGCAUGCGCCUGGUGCUACAGGAUGUGCUGGCCCAGUCACUAAGUGAAGCGUUCACUGAACAAGAGCAGCCCAGCAUUAUGGAAGCAUCCGAAUUGCUCAAAACCGUCACGAAUUGCACCUUGCUGUUCCUCAACGCCCACACAACACCAGAACAGUGCACAAGAACGUGAUAGAGCGUCAGCCAUCACUUAAUUUUACAUGGAACUCAAUUUUCAACAAGACAGCACUGACUGUACUUCUACAACGAACAGUCAUGUCAGACGAUUCAUGAAAAGAAAUUAUAUUUCAGCUUGGGGUGAAUUUCUUGUAAAAAAUAGUACACUGGUUUUCUCAAUUUUGUACAUUUUCAUAUAAAAAAAAGGAUGAAUAUUCUUUUUAACAAACUAGGAUAAAAAAGAGGUUAUAUGAAGUACACAAGCUAACGAUAGUAGUAGUCAACGUGUACAAUAGUUACUAAUGGCAUAUGUUCACACAGCACUAAAAGCUAAACAAAAACAGCCUAAUAAAAACUGAAAAGAAGGAAACGGUGA